AUGGCUGCUAGAGUAGUGGGGGAAGAAAGAUGGGAUUCUAUGAGAAUGGUUAGAAGAAUCUAUGGAAAUAAAUUUUAUUAUGCAAGAUAAUAAGUCUUAUUUGAUAUAUUUUAUGAUUGGCCAGCCUUUGCCAAUAUGAUUGGUAUAUAUCCUAAAGUAUAAUAAUAUCUAUUAUAUAUAGAUUGAUACUUCUAAUGGAUUUCUUCAUUGGUCAACAUACGAAGCAUAUAGAGAUUGGUAAGAACAUACAUUAAACUCAGAUGUAACAUUUAAUUAAUACAUAGGGUGCCUUUGCUAUGUGGAUUUACUUAAUGUGUGGGAUUUAUAUUGGUCAUUUUGUGUAUUCAUAUAUGGUUCCUUAUUAUUGGACGUAUCUUGUUCUGACAAUAAAAUAGGAAUCUAUUCCCAGAAAAAAUGAGGAAUUUGUAAGAUUAAGAAUGAAGGAUGCCAUAGCUUCAACAGUUUAAGAAGAAUUGUUUGGAAAUCAAUUUGCAGAAUUUGGUUGGGCUCCUCAUGAUUUCCAUUAUAAUAGACGUAGAUGCAUGGCUGGUUAUAGUCAUCCAGAUGAUCCACGUACUAUGCAUAUGGGCAGUUUUAAAAGUAAUUUAUUUUUGAAUAUUCUAUAGGAAAACAUAAGUAUAAGGAACACUAUAUUAAGAGAGUAGGAUAACAAAGUAGAAUGGCUGAUUUAUGA